AUGGAGAAAUACCCUCAAAAGGUUUCUAUUGCUGUUUUUGUCGCGGCUGUGAUGCCUGAUACUGUUCAUAUGCCAAUCUAUUUCAUGGAAAAGGUGUUUGAAGGAAUCUCGAAGGAAGGUAUUAUGGACAAUCAAUUCAUACCGUAUGGUAGACCCGAAGAUCAUCUUGUAUCAAUGCUCUUUGGCCCCCAGUUCAUGUCAUCCAAACUAUAUCAACUUUGCCCUCAUGAGGAUGUGGUGUUAGCAAAAGGGUUGAUGAGGCCAAUUUCUAAUUUCUGGGAUGAUUUGUCAAAGAAGAGUGCAUUUUCCAAUGAAAUGUAUGGAUCUGUUAAGCGUGCUUACAUCAUGCCUGACAAGGAUAAAACCUUAAAAUUAGAUUUCCAACUUGGCAAAUCAAAAUCUCUGGAGCAACAAUAG